CGCAGACCGACUCCAGGGUCAGUCACGCUGACGCCGCGGUAUGAGUAAAUAAGGACUCAGUCAACGAAUGUUGUUUGUAAAUCGUUUUAUUUUGUAAUAUUUCUGAAUAAAGUAUAUUUUUGUAAAAAAUGAGUAAAGGACAAACGCCGUUUGAGAUUUGGUUUGGAAGAGCUGGUAGGGGGCAUAAAAGGCCUAACGACGACGAUAACGCAGAGACAACUGAGGCCGAGACACCAAAAAUAAAGAAAGCCUUCUUCAACAGAAAAUACGACGAGUCAUACAUAAGAUAUGGCUUUAAUGCGACCGGUGACCCACACGCUCCAAGCCCCCUGUGUGUGAUAUGUGGAGAGAAGCUGUCUAAUGAGGCAAUGAAGCCCUCAAAACUGCUUCGGCACCUUGCGUCCAAGCACCCUGACCUUAAAGACAAACCUAUUGAGUUUUUUGAGCGGGAAAAACGUGAGCAAGCGAGACAGAAGCAAGUGCUGGGAGCCACCACCUCCACAAAUGCUGCUGCUCUGAGAGCGUCGUACUUAGUGGCUAGCCGUAUUGCUAAGGCUAAGCAGCCUUUCACGAUUGGUGAAGAAUUGAUUCUGCCUGCUGCCAAGGACAUAUGCCGUGAACUGUUGGGAGAAGCUGCAGCUAUCAAGAUGGCACAGGUUUCUCUUUCAGCAUGUACCACAGAUUCAAGGAGAAUCGACGACAUAGCGGAGGACAUUGAAGCACAGCUGUUGGAACGGCUUAACGAGUCACCAUGGUAUGCUAUCCAGAUCGAUGAGUCUACCGAUGUCGACAACAAGGCAGUACUGCUGGUUUAUGUGCGAUAUAUAUUUCAAGACGAUGUGCAUGAGGAUAUGUUGUGCACACUGCCGCUGCCAAAUAACACAACCGGGGCAGAACUAUUCAAGUCUUUGAAUGACUACAUGUCAGGCAAAUUAGACUGGUCAUUCUGUGUUGGAAUAUGCACAGACGGGGCUGCAGCUAUGACUGGACGGCUGUCUGUUUUUACUUCCCGAGUCAAAGAGGUUGCUCCUGAAUGCCAGUCUACACACUGUGUCAUACACAGGGAAAUGCUGGCUAGCCGAAAAAUGUCACCUGUUCUUAACCGCGUAUUGAGUGACGUUGUUGAAGCCAUCAAUUACAUCAAAGCAAAAGCCCUGAACUCACGUCUGUUUGAGCAGCUUUGCGAGGAAAUGGAUGCAGAACACAAACGCCUUGUCUUACACACUGAAGUCAGGUGGCUAUCAAGGGGGAGAGCCCUGGCCAGGGUUUUUGAGUUAAGAGAGCCGCUACAGAGAUUUCUUUCAGGAAAAAAGUCACCACUGGCAGCACACUUCAGUGACGAGGAGUGGAUAGCAAAACUCGCUUAUCUGUGUGACAUCUUCAACCUGCUCAAUGAACUCAAUUUGUCACUUCAGGGGAGAAUGACAACUGUCUUCAAGUUGGCAGAUAAAGUGUCUGCUUUCAAAACCAAACUGGAACUGUGGGGACGGCGAGUGGACAGGGGCAUAUUUGACAUGUUCCCAACAUUAGCUGGGAUUUUGGGAGAAACUGAGGCUGCACCGUCCUUCUCACAGCUGGUGCAUGAUCACCUAUCUUCGCUGAUGACAGAAUUCGAGUGUUACUUCCCAACCGCAAAUGACCCAAGAUGUGCAAAUGAAUGGGUCCGUGACCCAUUUGUGAAUGUCCCUGGUGAAUCAUCCAUGUCAGCGCGGGAAGAAGAUCAACUCCUGAAGCUUGCUAAUGACGGUGAGCUGAAAAGUAUGUUUGACAUAACAUCUCUGCCGGCAUUCUGGAUCAAUGUCAAGGCUGAAUAUCCUGAGAUAGCCACGAAAGCACUGAAAACGUUGCUUCCAUUUCCAACAUCAUUUCUCUGCGAAGUGGGGUUUUCUGCAAUGAAUGCAGUGAAAACUAAAUUGCGGAAUAGACAGGACAUAAGGAACCCCCUUCGAGUAUCACUGUCUCCCAUCAUCCCUCGAUGGGACCGUCUUGUUGCAGGGAAACAAGCCCAGGGCUCCCACUGAUUCAGCGAUAUUGGUAGGAGGACAGCCAAGU